UUUUGGAAAUUUCAGUCUCAAAAAUAUUUUUGAGGAAUAAUUUGAUUUGGUUUUGGCGAAUGCGUUCCGUCUCGGUCUGCCGGCGUCCGAUGAUCAACCCCAAAAUCCCUUUCAACGAUCAAAGUCAAACAUCCCCUUUUUCUAUUUAAAUCUCGUUAAUUCUUAUGCUUAUUCUUCAAGCCCUCAUCUCCAAUUUUAACUUUCUUCCCUUUUAUUCUUUCGAUCUGUGAAAGCCACAUCUCAAGUUUCUUCUCUCUUCACAAAUCUCCAUUAUGUCCUCUAUAGUCACUGAAGCUUGGCAAGGAUAUCUCCUGCAACUUCAGAAGAAUCCUCUUAGAACUAAGGCUAUUACUGCUGGGGUUUUAGCUGGGAUUAGUGACUCUGUGGCUCAGAAGAUUUCUGGGAUCAAGAAACUUCAGUUUAGACGAUUGCUUCUUUUGAUGCUCUAUGGCUUUGCUUAUGCUGGACCGUUUGGGCAUUUUUUGCACAAAUUGAUGGAUAGAAUUUUCAAGGGAAAGAAAGGAAAUACAACUGUUGCAAAGAAGGUGUUAUUGGAACAAGUGACUAGCUCUCCUUGGAAUAAUUUAUUUUUCAUGAUGUAUUAUGGAUUGGUAGUAGAAGGAAGACCAUGGAGUUUAGUCAAGGCUAAAGUUCGAAAGGACUACCCAACUAUUCAGUUGACUGCUUGGCGGUUCUGGCCUAUAGUUGGUUGGGUGAAUUACCAAUACAUGCCUAUCCAAUUUCGAGUGAUAUUUCACAGCUUUGUUGCUUCAUGCUGGGGAAUCUUUCUGAAUCUGAAAGCAAGAUCAGUGAAGGCAGCAUAAAUUGGUUUAAGUUAAAGCCUUUUCUUUACUUUGGUAACUGUAGAAUAGAAUCCAUUAGCUUUUGAUUUAAGUUAAGCUGUAACUGCUCAUGUUCUGUUUCGAUUGUCACACAAAUGAAUAAUAAUACAAGGGUAGGUACAGAAUAAACUAAAUUAAUCCACAAAUCAAGUGUGUCUAAAUUUUGUUUA